UCCCCAGCUCACCAAGCCAAUUCUGUUCAGUAAACAAAGAAGCUCUUGACGGUUCACUUCGUGUUAUUAACUAAUUGUAUAAAUAUAAAAUAUUUUAUAUAUAUUGUUAAUUAUUAUAACAUAGGACGUAUAUUUAAAUUCAAUUGUGCUGUGGUGUUUUAUAAGUGAGCUAAAGACUGAAAUUUUAAUUAACACGAGAGAAACGAGAAGCAAGAAAACACGAUUUUUACAUAACUAAAAAAAGCCAAAAAAUAUAUACAUACUAAGGAAGGCUUAAGAUAUAAAUAAAACAAGAGCUCUUUGAAGAUUUAAAAAAAGGAAAAACUCGCAAGGACAAAAAUUCUAAAGGAUCUCAAAAAAACCUUUUUGAUAGAACAGAAACAGAAAAAAUGUUGACCAACUUGGCGAGUUACCUUCUGGGGUAUGGGGACUCUGCACCGGCUCCUCAGGAGCCACAAUCAUCUUCGCCUGAGUCGAAAGAUGAUGACAUAAGACUGAAGGUCAGCGAGACUGAGGAGGACGAAUGGUUAAUGGUGGACACCUUGGAGGGUGCAAGAAGUAGGCGGUCUUCAACUGCCUCUCUCCCUUGCUUCCCCAUGGAGGAGUCAUGGUUUGUGACUCCUCCGCCUUGUUUUACUUCGACGGGUCCUGUGAUGGUGGAGACCUCACCACUUGAAAACUUGCUCAUAGAACAUCCUAGUAUGAGCGUAUACCACCAUAGGAGUUUAGCUCAGCCACAGAGAGAGGCAUUGGCGGUUAGGCCUAGAAGUCUCUCCCCUGUCCAACGAGUCUCUCCGGCAGUAACGCAAAGGCAAAGAGCGCCCUUCCAGUUGAAGCAGAUGGUGAACAUGCAAGUUCAGGCCUUCACAGCUCAAAAGAAGGAGAAAUUCAAGGAAAGCCUUGCAUUGAAAGCAAAGCAAUUGGAGAGAAAUAAUAAAGUGAGAGACGGAAACAAGAAAAACAAGAGGCACAGGAGAACCGAUCUCCAAAGGAACCACUCUGGGGUCAACAACAACAGGAAGUGCUGCUAAUUAUUUUGCAAAAACAAAAAAUUAACACACAAAAAAAUUGCAAAAAUAAUUGCACCCCCAAAAAAAUAAAUAAAUACAAGUCAAGGGAGAUAAUAUAAAGCAUACCUCCAAGCUUUCUCACAUGAUGUUCAUUUUAUGCUAUCAUCCAAGGCUUCCUUGUGCACUAGAAGUUUACAAUUUUUUUUAAAUGAAUGUUUUUUAAAGUUUAUUUAAAUGUAUUAUUAUUAAUUAUAGUUAUACAUAUAAAAUUAUUUAUAGCAAGUUAAUGACAGAGAAAUGAAUUUUAAUAACCUACGAUAUAUUUACUAGCACUCUGUCAUGUUUUAUAAACUCAUUUGAAAUUACAUCCUCUAUUUACUGGGGCAUUUGAUAUUUGAUUAUAAUAAUCAAUAUGUACAUAAAUUGUAUUAAAGGUAACAUAAGUACCGCAUAUCUUUAUGAGAACCAAUAAUUCUAUCAAACAAAUUUGUAAUGAUCUUUAUGAUAAUCCACAGUCUUUCAUUUGUUUCAAAUUGUCUAGGGAUUUCUAGUGUGAUAAAAAGAUCACUAUAAAAAAAUUAAAAUAAAAUAAUGCAAAAACCAUUAUUUGUAAAUUACUACUACAACUUAUUAUUAUUUAAUGUACCAUUUAUUUGUUUGUAAGUAAAAACAAAUUACCGUACCUUGUAUUUAAAUUGACAAAAAAAAAAUUAUAUAUAAAUAUAUGUAAAUAUGUUAACUUCUUUAAUCCAUUAAUUAUUUCUUUUUAAAAAAUGUAACUUUUAUUAGUUAUGAGUUGGAAAUAUAUAUAAAAGUAUACGUUUAUUUAAUCUGUUUAAUGGAUAUAGAUAGAAAUAUAAAUAACUAUUAUUUGAAACUUAUAUUUAACAUGAUAGGAAGUUAUAUUUGGUUGGGUUUUAUUAGACCAAAUGAAAUUUUCUAAAUGAAUAUAACAGUCUACCUAUUUGUAAUAUCUCUUCAAUUACGCCAAAAGAAUAUUGUUGUAUAACUUAUUACAGUCAAUGAAUUUUCACAAAAGUGCCUUUCAAGAGGCUACAUUACGUAAACUCAUUUUAUCUGUCCUUUUUAGAAUGUUGUGCAUUAUGUUAUGUAUGUAUUUUUUCAAAGUUCAAAAUAAUGUGUUUGCUUGCCUAACAAUCGUGUGUAAAUUAGUGUUGUGAAGAAAAAAAAAGCCUAAUUUUAUUAUUUAGCACCAAAAACACCAUACAUAUUGUUGAAUGCAUUACAAUUUAAAACCAUGAGUGUUCAAAGUCUAUAUAUUUCUACAAUCAAUUUAUAAAAUUAAUUUAUUUUCUUAUUAUUGAACUGUGACAAAUUAAUGUUUGUUUGGAAUAGAUUGUGGUAAAUAAGUUGAAUGGUAGAAACUGAAAAUGGAAGUUUUCAUGAUUGUAAAAAUACAGCCAAAUAAAACAAUAAAAAAAGGCCUGAGACUAAAUGGUGUGUUUAUUUUAACAAUCUUAAAAAUCUUAAAUGUUUAUACUUUAUUUAAAAAAAAAGCAUUUCAUGUUUUGGCUGUUAAAAUCUUAUAUAGUCAGCAAGCAAUGUAUGAUAAUGUUUCUAGCAAUCUCUUUAAAAAUUACAAAAAUAAUUAAAAAAAGAAAUAAAAUAUUAGCUGUGAGGUCAUAAAUUGACUUAGGAAUGUAAAAAAUGAAAGUGUAUUCAAUAUUAUCGUAAUGAAAUAGUGUUGUAUGUUUGUUAGAUUCGAAUGAUUGUAUUUAUGUAUGAUGUGAAUCGUUUUUCUUUUAGAUAAAUGUGUGUUUUAAUGUACCAAGACAAUGCAGUAGAAUUGAUCUCAUAAUUAUGCAGUAAGCCAUGUAUUAUUACUAUUGAAUGUUUAAAAAAACACCAUGAAUACAAAACUCAAAAUUCUUCAAAUCAUAUUACCAAUAAUUGUGCUGAGUCAUAAAUAUUUUACUGUGAGCUAAAGUAUGAAGAAUUAGUAAAGUUGAGUCGAUGUUAAAAAAAGAAAAAAAAAAAAAAGAGUCCUGCCAGUUCAAAUGAUGAAAUGUGUAUUAAUUGUAAUAAAUACCAGUCAGCUAAUUUUCUUUAACAAACUCUUUAACCAUACAAAUAAAAAAUGAAGUUCUAUUUUGUUACAAUUCAAACGUUAUGUAGGGUACAAAAAUGGGUUAUAAAAACACUGCCCUUACAAUUGCUUUUGUAAAGGCAAAAAUGUACCAAUAACUCGUCAAAAAAAUUGUUAAAUUAAAAAAAGUGUUGACACACAA